AUGUCAUCAUUUCAGCUUCCUUCUGUUCACCGGUGUAAAAUGAUCGUAACUCAACGCAACGACAAUGCGCGCACAGGUCUGAACAGCAACGAGACCAUUCUUAACCAAGCCAACGUGUCUGGUGCUAACUUCGGGAAAAUAUUUGAACGCAUCGUGGACGGAAGUGUUUAUGCUCAACCCCUUGUCGUGAAGAAUGUCUUGCUGCCCGGACAAUCCGAGCCUCUUGACGUCCUCUAUGUAGCAACAAUGCACAAUUCGGUGUACUGCUUCUACGCAGCUCAUAGUAAUAUUACUGCUCCGCUUUGGAAACAGAAUUUGGGACCAUCAAUUCAGCUUCCAGAUGGGGACGUGGGUGGGUUUGGAUACAGAGACAUUGCCUGGGAGGUUGGCAUUCUCUCCACGCCUGUCAUCGAUACGACCGCAAAUGCCAUCUUUGUAGUGUCGACGGGCCCUGACCCAAGCCAAGGCAUGAAGGUCAUUCACACCUUGUGGAAACUGGGCCUCGACGGCGCGAAGCAGGGCAGCGUUCAACUCAACGCCAACCACAAUGCCAUCCAAUUUUCGAGCAAUCGUCAGAACCAACGACCGGCGCUCACACUGGCAAAUGGCACUGUGUACAUUGCUUUCGCAUCCUAUGGCGAUACGAGAGACUACCAAGGCUGGAUCUUGGGCUAUAGCGCAGCUACGCUUAGUCAUAACAACACCUUCACUACUGCCCCAAACUAUAAGUCGGGUGACUUUGGGGCAGGUAUCUGGCAGGCUGGAAAUGGUCUUGCAGUGGAUGGCGAGGGCAACUUGUACUGCAUGACUGGGAAUGGUGAAGAUACUGGAGAUUGGAGCGAAUCCGUGCUGAAGCUUAGCCCAGGCCUCGAUAAAGUACUUUCCUUCUUCACUCCUUCCAACAAGCACAACUUGAAUAUCUCCGAUGAAGACUUCGGAUCCAGUGGUGUGGUAUUGAUUCCAGGUACCAACUUUGUCAUUGGCGGUGGGAAAGCCAGCAUUCUCUAUCUCAUGGAUCGUGGCAACCUCGGCGGAUUCAACACGACUCAGAACAGUGUCGUCGCCUCCCUGAACGUUGCAGCAGGCGAAGACCCUACGAAAACCCACCACAUUCAUGGAGCUCCUGCCUACUACAACGGACCUGACGGCCCAAGACUGUAUGUUUGGCCUGAGAACUCAUAUCCGAAAGCGGUCAGCUUCGCCGGCAGCUCCCCCAACCUGACCGUAUCCUCGAUCGGUACUCUCACGGAUCCAGAAAAUAUCCCUGGAGGCAGCUACGGGAUGCCAGGAGGCAUCCUCAGCGUGUCUUCUGAUGGAACCAAGCCAGGAACAGGCAUUCUCUGGGCAAAUCACCCGUAUACAGGAGAUGCAAACCAGGACGUCCGUCCUGGCAUUCUGCGUGCCUUCGAUCCCUAUGACUUGACAAAGGUUCUCUAUCAUAGUCGUCAAAAUUCGAUGCGUGAUGACUUUGGGAACAUGGCCAAGUUCUGCUGCCCUACCAUUCUUGGGGGCCGCGUAUACCAGGCAACUAUGGGGGGGAUCCAGAGCAAGCAGUGGCUGCAAAUCGACACCACGAACGUCACGCCUGCACUCGCCAACCAGAACGACAACCGCCUGGCUGCCGCCUUCCUCGGAACUGACGGCCAGAUAAAUGUCAAUAGCUCGCCUGACGGCCUGCUCUGGGACAACAAUACAAGACGCUUGGUCGCGGGACAGCACUCGAAUCUUUCUCCAGGUUUGGCCUUCAAUUCCAAUGGCACGACAUACCUGGGCUGGGUCGGUCUAGACAGCAACAUAAACAUCAUGCAGACCAGCUCAGCAGCCCUCGAUGGAUGGGAGUUCCAAAAACGCACCCUUGAUCAGAGCAACACCGGUGUCUCUCUCGCCUUUAGCAACGGGAUGCUGAUCGUUGCCUGGACUGGAAACGACCCCAAUGAGUCCCUCAACGUGGCCACUACAAUUGAUGGCGGCGCCAGCUGGAAGACGAAGGUGACUCUAGUGGAUAGUAGCCAGAGCAAACCUGCCCUGGUGAUGAAUGGCAACAUUUUGGUGCUGGCAUGGACUGGAAGAGACAGCCUCGCCCAGGUCAACGUCAUGACUUGUUCAGAUCUGAAUUCCCUUCAAUUUAGCAAUAAGGUCACUAUCGGGACGGCGCGGGCCAGCUCUACGCCAGCCAUGGACUUCGACAACGAUGGGGUGCCGUGGCUAGUAUGGAACGGUCCCGGCCCCCAGAACUUGCUAAGCUCGAUCACAUCCGAGUCCUCGAAUACUUCGGGGUUCACGGAUCAAAGAGCGAGGGUACGAACGUUUCAGGACGAUUCUUCACCGAGCGGGCCAGCGUUCUGUCGAUUCAAGGGGCGGAUGAUAAUGGCGUGGGAAGGCGGUGAUCAUGCUCUCAACUAUGCAGUUGUUGGUAGGGGUAGUGUAGCAGUGUAUGGAUUGUUUGGUGGCACAAAUAAUCUCAUUCAGCACGAUGAGUUGUAAGAAGCCCUACUAGAAAUAGCACUUCUCCUCGGGAUUGGAUAUCUCAAGAAACAUUACCG